AUGCUACUUUUUGCCGAUGCUGUCCUUCAUUCCUUUGGCUUUGUUUGGCGGAAUCCAAAUGCCGAGUCCGUGGGAGACAGGUUACAACAAGGAGGCGCCGCUUGCCUCUAUCCCAUCUGCAGAGAUGCCCACAGGGAGAUGGUACUGGAACCUGCCCUUGGUCACCUGCAUUCUGCUCUUCCUUCCGACGGGGAUCGUCGCGGUUCUGUACCAGCUGAAGAUGAGGACCAUUCGACAGCAGCGGAUGAGUCACGGAAUCUGAGGACACCAGGACAGAUCGGCUUGAAGGGAGUCCAUGGCCUGGAUACUGGCGAGAAGGAGAUUCAAAGUGCGAAGACGGAUGCCAAAGGCGCUCUCGUUGCCUCUGAGACGAAGAGCCAAGACGAAGUCGUCCGGGACUUCAAGAAGUCGCUGAGUAGGAAUGGUUCUUUGCGCCAGGGCCAGGCUUUCAGCCAGAAUGACGACUUGCAGGUCCGCUGUCAGCGCUCUCCGAGCCUUCCAGAGCUGCCAGUCGAGCCCUUGUUUCCGGAGCUCGGCCGAGCCAGCGACAUCGCACAACCAGGUGGCUUCCGACGCGAGCAUGUCUUGCGCCGGGCGCCGAAUGCUGCGGCAGAGCGACCGCUGCUCGAGUCGAUGCUUGAUCCACGGCUGCAGCACUAUUUUGCGAAGAAUCUGGAGAUGCAGGCCGAGACCUCCUCGGCAUCCACGGUUAGUGUUGGCGCCUCCAACCUGUCGACGGUGCUCGUCAUUCUCAAAUCCACUGUGGGAUUUGUGGGCGCUUCGCUGAGCUUUGUGGCGAGCUUCAGCGGUUCAAGCCGCCUGCAGCGGCUUGCUGCGCGGGCCGGGCCCCCCACCGUCACAGAUGUGCAGGUGGAAGCCGAGGCAACCGGUGCUUUGAAGGAUGCGAAGGAGCGGCUGAUGGACCUCUUGGAGGACAGCUCUUUAGAGGAAGAGGUUCUUCGUCCCGAAGGGAAACCCAUGCGCGGCAGAGUGGACGAGGCCAUCAUCCGCUUGGAGAGGCUAAACACCAACGAGGAGCCCGUCUACUCCGUGGACCUGGACGGUACCUGGGUGGUGAAGUACACCGGCUCAUACGCACCGGGCUUGUUGUCCUCACCAACGCGUGAGCUGGCGCUCUUCUUGUACGGCGGAGGCUUCUCUCUUGGCAAUGCCUUGUCCUCCUUCGCCCAGGGCUUCUGGGGUCAGACAGCAGGUGUGAAACUUGGGUCCAAGACGGUGCAGAUCACCGGUGGUCGAGACGUGGAGGCAUCCGCCGAGGUUGAGGUUGCGGGCCGAAAGGAGACUCUGAACUACAAGGCAGAGCUGAUGCCCCUGAGUUCGGCGAGAAUGAGCGAGGAGGUCGUUUCCGUGAAACUGCCUGAGCCUAUCGGAAGCCAAGAACUUCCGUUGGAGCUCCGCCGAAGCAUCCUUGUGACCUACCUCGACGACGAGGUUAUGAUCGUCAGGGACGAGUCCGGUGUCCCGGAUGUGUUAGUGAAGAAGUUCUCUGCCCCAGCUCCCCCAACAAUGGAGGCUGAGGAGAUUGUCGCCAAUGCAACAGCCACAAACGUGUCGAGUGGUACUCUGAUCAUCAUCCCCGGUGCUUUUUCGCGGACGGGGAUCCUUCUGGCUCCUUUGGAGCUGAUCUUCAUCGGCGGUGUUGAAAUUUACUGCAUGGUUCUCCUCGUGAGGUGUGUUCGUGCACUUGGUGGGGGAACCUACGGUGACAUAGCCAGGCGUGCCAUAGGGCCGAUCGGGAGUUGGGCUGUGGAUCUGAGCAUACUGCUCUCCCAGACCGGCUUCGUCUGUUCUGAGAUACUUUAUGUGGCGCUCAAUUGCCACGGCGCCCUGAAGGCGCUCAAACUGUCAUCUCCCAUGUGGUCCGAAGCAAACAUCAUCCUUCUUCAGCUUAUUGUUGUGAUCCCCAUGUCGUGGAUUCGGCAGCUCAAGUACUUCCAGGUAUCUAACCUCAUUGCAAACACCACGGUCCUUCUGGCCCUCGCCAUCUUGCUGACUUACGCGAUCGUCGGCUUGGCUGGCGAUGAGGUUGGCCACGGCAUUCAGCUGGCUGGUCCCAACUGGAUGGUUUUCGCUGGCACGGUGGUGUUUUCCUUCGAAUGCAUCAACUUUGUCAUUCCAAUGUACGAUGCCCACGAGCAGAAAGAAACGUUUGCCCCCAUUCUUGUGGCAACUUUGCUUGGCGUUUGCGUCUUGUUCGUCGUGUUCGGAGCUGUGAACUACCUCCGUUACGGUGAGGAAACCAGGGACGUAAUCACAUUGAACCUGCCGAAGGGCACCAGGGUCGGGCAUGUGCUUCCCUUUGCCUUUGCCCUGGCAUCACUGUUCAAUGUGCCUCUCUUCCUCUUCCCAGCGGCGACUUUCCUGGAAACACUGCUCUUUGGAGCUGUCUCAACUCCUGGUCCUCAGACGCUGUUGAAGAUCAACAGCAUGAGGACACUUUUGAUUUGUACUUGUGCCGUCAUCUCGCUUUUCGGCAAAGAUCGAAUUGAUGCUUUUAUCUCAUUGAUUGGGUCAUUUUGCUGUGUGCCUUUGGCUUUCAUUUUUCCCAUCAUUUGCUACAUCAAGAUCUGCAAACCUGGCAAAGUGGAGAGCGCGCUGGGUGGAGCUGUGCUUCUCCUGGGUUCCGUGCUGUUUGUCUACACCUCUUGGUCGGCUGUCAAACAGCUUACGCAGCACACGCAUGACUAG